ACUCUUCUUACUCGUUCAAUGCCAGAGUAGAGGUGGUAAACGUUAUAAAAGUCGGCGCUUUUAUCAUAGCGCGUCUAGAAGUCUCAUCGAAACCUCAUCGCAGUGAUUUAGUCCAGUAUCCAAGAACGGCCUAUAAAAUGAACCGUAACUUGUUACCGUUCGCAAUUGUGCUGAUUUUGCUGGUUGCCAGCACGUUCUCUCAGAUGUUUAACAAAAGCGGCAACUGCCCGAUGAGAAACACCGUGACCAAUUGCGGCUCCAGGUGCAUGGGGGACGGACAGUGUCCAUUCAAUCAGAAAUGCUGCCCGAACAAAUGCGGCUUCACGUCGUGCGCCGACCCGAGCCCCGUCAACACCGGCAGCGACGGCGGAUACAAGGGCUCGAGCAAUCAGGCCGUUUACUGCAACGGAGUGAAGUGCGCCGCGUACGAGAAGUGCCAGUAUGACCGCAACACCAGGCGUGACAAGUGCACGCGCGUUUAGCGGGAUCUGUGAAAAUUUUCGAAACUUGAUUAUGCAGACAGUCAAGCAAGCAGUUUACAGAAGAAGAACAAAUCCGCCUGUUUAAAAAGAUUAAUUGUUUUUUGCAAUCUUAAUGUUUAUUGUUUAAUUUUAUAUAUAUAUAAAUUUUAUAUUAAUAAUUUUCUUUACAACAUUUUAUCCUUAUAAACUGUCAUAUUAUACACGUUAAUAAAAUAAUUUACAUUUA